AGGAGGCUCACGGACGCUACGGCUGUGCUGCUGAUAUGCCCAUCCUUCUGCAGACUUGACUGCAUGACGACAUGUUCUUCCCGCGUCCCAAUCUCUCAAAAGGCCGACGAGUGGGAAGGGAGAUUGUUUUAUCAACGACAAACAACCACCUACGUCCCCGUCACGUCGAGCAUCAUCGAUCAUGGCUGUGGCCCAGACACCGGAGCAUCUGCAGGCCGUCGGCGAGGCGUCCAGAGUUUAUGUCACCUGCCUCACUGCGAUUCUCUUCUAUGACUGGCUCACCACGCUCAGCCAGGAGUCCCGUCUGUUCUGGAAGCCCGUCUUCAGGCCCGCCAAAAACACGCAGCAAUGACGACUUGGGUUGUCCGCCCUUGCCUUCUAUCUGCCCGUGCGGUACCUCGCGAUCGUGCAAUUUGCGGUCAUCCUGGCAAUGAUCUGGAGGGAGUGGUCCAAGACGGCCUGCCAGCACAUCUACCGUUGGGACGCCUUUGUGUCGGCCUUUGUCGUGGGCUCGUGCUCCCUCUUCCUCGCCGUGCGCACGGCCACCAUUUGGGCUUGGUCUCGCAUCAUUGUGAUUCCCACCUCGAUCCUCUGGCUUGCUGAGGCCGGUCUCAUACUCUGGGCAGCAUACGACCAAAAGCCAAAUGAGACGGUCCCCUUUUGCAUUUCCGAGGAGACAAACCAGAACAUCGUUGUGCUCUACAUUGCACCUCUCGUCUUCGAUACGGUCAUGGUCAUGCUCGUUGUUGCAAAGGCGCUGGAGAUUGGGAAAAGAUACAACAGCAGCAUCGGGCCCACGAUGCAAUUCCUUCUUCGGGACGGUUUCUUCUACCUGCUGGGCAUCUGGACGGUCAAUCUCAUCGCUGUCAUUACCCAAACGCAAAGAAUCGACCCCGCAGCACAACCCAUCAAUGCUUCGCUGGCCACAAUUGGCACAUCAAUAUUCUGCUCGCGCCUUGCGCUGGCCACACGCAAUCUCCGCUCGCGCUCAGUUGGGACAACCUGGAACCCGCCCUCGCCCAAGGUGCAGCAAGGCGAAUCGCCUUCCCCGCCUCCUCAGUUUGAUUCUAAGCUCGAGAGUGGUCGACUCGGCCGCAAUGGGGUGCGCAUCACGACGACGUCCGUCAAUGACUCCCGCCAGAGCCUUUCGCACGCGCAUGCGGGUGGCCCCACUGCCUUUUCUCUGCUGGCAUCGUCGCCGCGCAUCAUGAAUGAAAUCGGUGCCGCCCACGAAAUUCAGCAGGCAAGAGGGACAUACAAUCGCAGCGCGAGCUCCUACAACCAGACCAAUCCAUACCUGCUGCCCGAGGAUGGCUUACUUGACCGCAAUGGCGCCGGUGACGACAUCGAAAACCUCGAGUCGCGCCCGUCAACCUCCUCCAGCCACCUUCCUAGGGGUUAUUCUUGAACAAGCAUUUGUAGUGUAAAUGAGAAAUGAAAGCAAA